UAUAAUUGGGCUUCUUCGGCGGAAAACCCACCGACCUAUUUUUGACCCAAAAAAAUACAAUUACUUCUCCUUGUGGGAAAAUAAAAGAGAAUAUAAAUCUUCUCGUCUGGCUCUCGCGUUCUGCAAACUCCUCUUUCGAUUUCAGCUGAGAGAUGUCGGCAUACGACAACGUUAUUGGUGGGAAGCUGAAGCUAAAAGGGAAGGCUUUAGAUGUGAAAGCAGGUGGAGUCAAGAAGAAGAAGAAGAAGCAGAGGAAACAAGAGGAACAAGCUCUUACAAUUACUGAUCAUGAGCUCAUAGAAGGAGAAAACACCGAAGCUUUAGGUAAAUUGAUUGAAGGAGAAGGAGAAGAAGAAGAUGAAGGGAGUAGGAGUGAAUUGUCGAAACACGACGACGAUGAUCUUUUAACUCCUGCAGAAAGAAGGUACAUAGAGCAGAAGCAGAGACUUGAUGUGCAGAAGCUAGCCAAGGAAGCGAACAAGUCUCACCGUAACAGGAUUGAAGAUUUCAAUCAGUAUCUUGCUAACAUGAGUGAGCACUACGAUAUCCCUAAAGUCGGACCUGGUUAAUCCUUACUUCUUCAUUGGAUAUCUUCAACGCUGCUUAUCGAUUUGUCAUUGUUAAAUAACUUAUGUUGGAUCUGUGUUGUGUUUUCCCUUAAACUUUUCAAUUGUGUGAUCUCGACUCUCUUUAUAAAGCACAAUGGAAUCUUGUAUCAACUCCUUUGAGCCAUUAGAGGCAAUGCCUGACAGGUCUAUACUAUUUU